CCCGUUUGUCAUUCAUUAGUCAGUGCCAAGUGCCAAAUCCUCCGCAUAUGGUUUUGGUCUCUCCUCUGCGUUUUCGGAUCUCAAGGUCUUCACCUCUCCUCCCACUUCUCAGCAAAUUCGUCUCUUCCUAAUCUUCCCCUGUUUGUUUGUUUGUUUCCCGAGAAAACUCUCUCUCGGCCUACUUUUUUUUUUUUUUUGUUAUUCCUCUCUAUCUGGGUAAUAUACUUUGUACAUUUGACGCUCAGUAUAUCUAGGGUUUGAAUUGGUUGAUCAACAGUCGCCCCGAUGGGAUGGUCCUCUUCUGUAGGAGCGGAAACCUAGUUUCUCAUAGAUAAGAUAAAAAGCCCAGGGCUAGGACUCUGUCAGCAUUUUGAAUCAUCAUGUUUAACAAAAUCAUCAAAAGAGGCCAGAGAAAGACCUCCAAAUUGGAAGCUAUUGAGCCUCCCGCUUCAAACGCGCCGCUUCCUAGUGUCAUCGUCAACCAUGCCUCGCGCGGCGCCGUUGCGCCGCCGUCAGCGGCGGUCAAUUCCCAGACUGUGGUUGUGGCCGCGCCGCCCAAUUCCGGUGCCGUCGAGGUCCUGCCCCUGUUGAAGGACGUGCCCAUGUCAGACCGCCAUGUCUUGUUUCUCAAGAAGCUUCAAAUCUGCUGGGUUUCCUUCGACUUCUCGGACACGUUGAAGUCGGCUAGGGAGAAGGAGAUCAAGAGGCAGACGCUUCUGGAGCUUGUUGAUUUGAUUCAGUCAGGGUCGUGUAAAUUGAACGAAACCCUGCAGGAAGAGUUAGUCCGGAUGAUUUCAGCCAACAUUUUUCGGUGUUUACCCCCGGCUUCCCAUGAAAAUAGCGCCACUGAAACGGUUGAUCCAGAUGAGGAUGACGUGUAUUUGGAUCCCUCUUGGAUUCAUUUGCAACUCGUGUAUGAAUUGCUUCUGAGGUAUGUUGUGUCGCCUGAUAUGGACACUAAGGUCGCGAAACGGUAUAUUGAUCAUUCCUUUGUGUUGAAAUUGCUUGAUUUGUUUGAUUCGGAGGAUCCCCGAGAGCGGGAGUAUUUGAAAACUAUUCUGCAUCGCAUCUAUGGAAAAUUCAUGGUUCAUCGCCCGUUUAUCCGGAAAGCAAUAAAUCAUAUAUUUUACCGAUUUAUAUUUGAAACAGAGAGGCACAGUGGGAUUGCCGAGUUGUUGGAGAUUCUUGGGAGUAUAAUAAAUGGAUUUGCGCUACCGAUGAAAGAGGAGCAUAAGUUAUUCCUUGUUCGGGCGCUUCUACCACUCCACAAGCCUAAAUCUGUGUCUGUGUAUCACCAACAGUUGUCAUAUUGCAUCACCCAGUUUGUUGAGAAGGAUUAUAAGUUGGCAGAUACUGUUAUUAGGGGGUUAUUGAAGUAUUGGCCAGUCACUAAUUGUGGAAAGGAGGUUCUCUUUCUCGGAGAAUUAGAAGAAGUGUUGGAAAGUACUCAGCCCGCUGAAUUCCAGCGCUGUAUGGUUCCCCUUUUCAGACAGAUUGGACGUUGUCUGAACAGUUCUCAUUUCCAGGUAGCGGAACGAGCACUCUUCUUGUGGAACAACGAACAUAUAGUGGGGUUGAUUGCCCAGAACCGGCAAGUGAUUUUGCCAAUUCUCUUUGAACCACUGGAGAAAAAUAUACGGGGUCACUGGAACCAAGCUGUCCAUGGGCUGACUGCUAAUGUGCAAAGAAUGUUUACAGAGAUGGACAAUGAGUUGUUUGAAGAAUGUGAGAGGCAGUUUGCUGAUAGAGAAGCCCGAUCCAGGGAAAUGGAAGAGCAUCGAGAGUUGACGUGGAAGAGACUGGAAGCAGUUGCUGCAGAAGCUGGGGGGAAGGAUAUGGUUAUGGUUGGCUGAACAAAAAGGGUUGAGCCCCCAUUCUUCUUCUUAGCACAUAUCUAUCUGUUCAAAUCAGCAUUGAGGUAAGAUAUCAAAAUCGAUACAAAUACUUCAACAGAAGAACUUAGCUGCCAUUGGUUGCUCGAUGAGGAAUUAAUGCAAAUGAGCACUUGCUGCUCGGCCUGCCUGCCUUCCUCUUCAGCUGCUUUUAUUUUUACACGCCCACGCCCUAAAGGGGAAAACCUGUUUAAUUGGUUACUAUUCCUUUGCCUUUGCCUAGAUGGAAGCUUAGCCUUGAUCCUCAAAAUUUUGUCGCCUGGUGUUCGGGGUAGGCAGUGUUUGUAUGUUUCCUUCUUUUUUUCUUUUUUUUUGUUUUUUUUUUACUUGAUAACUGUAACUGUGGUGGUAGUAGCACUGGUGAUGAUAAAUCAAUGAUUUAUGAUGUUCCUAAUA